ACUUCUAAAAACUAUCUUAAUAAGUUUUAUCAUCGCGUUAUGGCUCACAUGAAGACCCGUGUUUGUCCUGCUGUCGGUUUGCUGUGUGAAACACACGUUACGCGUGUGAAAGAGAUACAGGAAAUACUUGUGACUGGGCGCGUCUGACUGAGGUGCCGCUGCCGUGAGGACGCAGAAUGCAGACUAUUAAGUGUGUUGUGGUGGGCGACGGGGCGGUGGGCAAGACGUGCCUCCUCAUCUCCUACACCACCAACGCCUUUCCCGAGGAGUACAUCCCCACCGUCUUUGACAACUACAGCGCUCAGAUGAGCGUGGACGGCCGUACGGUCAGCCUCAACCUCUGGGACACGGCGGGGCAGGAGGAGUACGACCGUAUGCGCACGCUCUCCUACCCGCAGACCAACAUCUUCAUCAUCUGCUUCUCCAUCGGCAGCCCCUCGUCCUUCGCCAACGUGCGGCACAAGUGGCACCCGGAGGUGACCCACCACUGCCCCAGCGCUCCCAUCCUGCUGGUGGGCACCAAGAGGGACCUGCGCACGGAUUCGGAGACGGUCAAGAAGCUGAAGGAGCAGGGCCUGGCGCCCACCUCUCACCAGCAGGGCGGCGCUCUGUCCAAGCAGAUCGGUGCGGUCAAGUACCUGGAGUGCUCUGCGCUGCUGCAGGAGGGCGUGAGGGAGGUGUUCGUGGAGGCCGUGCGCGCCGUGCUCUACCCCGUUACCAAAAAGAAUACCAAGAAGUGUGUGCUCUUAUAGUCGGCCGUGACGGAGAUGAACUCGCAGGGGGUCCAUCCUGGUGUCUGUAUCCAUCUCGUCUCACUUUCUCGCUCUUUAAGGACUUUCUGAUUUGGUUUCGUUGACUUUUCCGUGUCUCAUUAUCUUGUAAAUCUCUUAUAAGUCUGUUGAAGUUGCUUGCCUGUCUUUUUUUUUGUCGAUUAAUAAGUUUGUUGCCAGAUCCUCUUAAUGUAAGAUAAGGAUCGUCCGUGUCCGUGAGGAGCUUGUGGAGGUUUUAGUGACUCGCGGCGUCCUGUGCGUUUAGAUAAGUGCAAUAUAAUGAAGACUGAAUGAGGUCGACACAUCAGACUCACGGUUAUAGAUGUCCCAGCCAAAUCUUUCAUGUGCCUUUAAAAUGAUUAUUUUUUUAUUUUUAAAUAUGCAUAUUGUGUUUUAUCCAUAGCUGUUCAGCAAUAUUUCGACAGCUAAAAUGACGGAUUGUUUGGGUUGCGCUGAUCCAAGUGUGAGUUUCAUGUAAAAAACUGCAGGUUGUGUUUUACUCCAAAAAUCUAGAGGAAAAAAAUUAUUAUACUUUACGUAAAGAAAUUAAAUCUUUUUAAGGAGCAAUAAGAUUUUUACCAGAUCUCCAAUAAUGCAAAAAAACGGUAAUUUCCCACAAUGCAAGAAAGAAACUCUCCCUCAGGCGCAAUGACCGAUUUUUUUUCAGAUAUUUAUAGUGUAACAAAUACUGUACAUUUCCAAUUAUAUUCCACAAACGCAAAAUGUCUUAAUGGUCCAAACUAGAUAUUUUUAAUGCAAGAUAUAUUUUCGUACUUGUGAUUUUGGGGUUAAAUGUGACCCCAUCAUCCUGAGAGUCGUGCCUUAUGUGCUUUUUCAUAAAGGGCUGCGUCCCGCUGCUAAACAAGUGUUAGUACUGUUGUUGCGAUGGCAGAUUCAGGCAUCGGCCCGUAUUUUCCUGUGCAGAGAUGGUCAGUCAGGUUACUAUGUAAGGUCAGGUAUCUAACGCUCCACGAGAGUCGCUGGUCGUUUGUUUUUAGUGAACGCCUCGUUCCUUCAGAGCCAGCGAACGCCUCACAAACACCAAAACGCUGAUGUGUCUUUCCAGCCCAAAGACUGAGCUGCAGGCGUGCUAAUCCAUUCAGUGUAUCAUUACACGUCUCAUUCAAAGGAGUUGUUUGGGUUUAUGUUCUUAUUAUUAACUGACGAGUUUUAUUUUUGGUUUUGCAUGUUUCAAAAAGAGGCCCGAUGUUGACCUAACGGCACUGUAUUUCAAUAUCCUCAUCUCACGUACACGUCUCACGAUUUCCAGUGUCGUCGUCGUCAUAGACGUCUCUUUACAUCUGGAUGCAGUGAAUAUAAUAGUAGGUGAGAUGCAGGCAUUAUGGGGUUUUGAUGUGUUUUUUACUCCGCUGAUAUGUGAUUUGCUUUCAGAACUGGAAGUCGUGGUUAAACCUUUUGCAAAAACUGACACACCGUUGAAUGGCAGUGUGCUGUGGAAACCUGUGA